GGAGAUCUUUUUCUCCUCCCUCUCAUUUUUCUCUUUCUGCUGACCCUUGAAAGACUCCCAAGAAAAUCAUUUGACAUCAAGGGGGGAAUCCAUUCCCCUAAAUCUCUCUCUCUUUGUGUCUCUCUAUCUAGAAUGCAGCGGAUUCAUGAUCAUCGGACGAGAUCUACUCGACCGAUCACCAUUCAUGGAUUCGCCCAAUCUGGGGAUUACGAGGCCUUCCUCAAAUUGCUUCGAGAUAACCCUUCUCUUCUCAACGACCCAAAUCCCAUCAUGUGUCAGACACCACUUCAUGUUUCUGCUGGUUAUAACAAUGUGGAAAUAGUUAAGCUUUUACUUAACUGGAAUGGACCUGAUCAAGUUCAUCUAGAAGCCAAGAACAUGUAUGGCGAAACCCCUUUGCACAUGGCGGCUAAAAAUGGGUGUAAUGAAGCUGCAAAGUUGCUCCUUGCUCGUGGAGCUUUAAUUGAAUCGAAAGCAAAUAAUGGAAUGACUCCAUUACACUUGGCUGUUUGGCACUCACUUCGUGUGGAAGAUCACUCAACCGUCGAGACAUUACUAGAAUAUAAAGCUGAUUGCAGCGCUCAAGAUAAUGAUGAAAUGACGCCUUUAAAUCAUCUCUCCCAAGGGCCGGGAAAUGAGAAACUGAAGAAGCUUCUAAUGUGGCACCUUGAUGAACAGAGAAAACGAAAGGCUAUUGAGGCUUGCAGUGAGACAAAAGCAAAGAUGGAUGAGCUCGAGAUUGAACUUUCAAAUAUUGUGGGGCUUCAUGAGCUUAAGGUUCAACUUCGAAAGUGGGCUAAGGGUAUGUUCUUAGAUGAAAGGCGUCGUGCCCUUGGUCUUAAAGUCGGUCCUAGAAGACCACCCCAUAUGGCAUUCCUUGGUAAUCCCGGGACAGGUAAAACGAUGGUGGCGCGAAUCCUUGGAAAAUUGCUGUAUAUGGUAGGAAUUUUACCAACAGACAAGGUAACAGAGGUUCAGAGAACAGAUUUGGUUGGUGAAUUUGUUGGUCACACAGGGCCAAAGACGAGGAAGAAGAUCAAAGAGGCAGAAGGUGGUAUCUUAUUCGUGGACGAAGCUUAUAGGUUAAUCCCAAUGCAAAAGGCAGACGAUAAGGACUAUGGACUAGAAGCAUUGGAAGAGAUCAUGUCUGUUAUGGACAGUGGGAAAAUCGUGGUCAUUUUCGCAGGUUACAGCGAGCCAAUGAAAAGGGUAAUAUCUUCCAACGAAGGAUUCUGCAGGAGAGUUACGAAAUUCUUCCAUUUUGAGGAUUUCAGUUGCAAGGAUUUAGCCAAGAUUGUUGUUUUGAAGAUGAGCAAAAAUCAGACGGAUUCGAGUUUAUUGUGCGGAUUCAAGUUGGAUCCUUUGUGCACUGUUGACGCUGUUGAAGAUGUGAUAGCGAGAGUAACAAGUGAAAGGCAGAGAAGGGAGAUGAAUGGCGGUUUAUUGGAUCCUAUGCUUGUAAAUGCUCGAGAGAAUUUGGAUUUGAGGCUCGAUUUUGAUUGUAUUGAUACUAAUGAAUUGCUUAGCAUCAAGCUUGAAGAUUUAGAAGCUGGGCUCCAAUUGUUGUCAUCGUCUUCUUCUUAGUAUGAGAGUUGAGAUUCAGA